AUGCUAGAAAUACACUAUGAACCCGGACUUGGACUAAGCGAUCAUCUCUCUCUGAAUUUCGAGCUCUGCCUAUAUACUGAAAAUGUUACCAGCAAAGUAGAGAGAUUGAACUACCAUAAAGGCGACUACACAAAGAUCAGAGAGAAAAUCAAAGAUGUCAACUGGCCAGAACUGCUGUCUGUCAAAAAUGUAGAUGAGUCAUGGAAGGUCUUUGCAGAGACUAUAUCAAUUAUCGUAAAAGAACACGUACCAGUGAGCAAGAUCAAAAAUGAAAAGUUUACUCAUAGAACACCACUUGACAGGGAGGCAGUCCAUGCUAUUUGGCACAAGAAAACCAGAUGGAAAAAGUACCUUCAUUGUAAAGACGAAAAGAACUGGAAUGAAUACAAAAAAGCCAGAAACCAAGCUUUGAAACAAAUAAGAACAUCUAAAUACAAUUAUGAAAGGAGCAUGGACAUGGACAUCAAAUCAAAUAGUAAGACAUUCUGGAAAUACAUUUGGUCUAAGACCGAGACUAAAAGUACAAUUGGAAAUAUUAAAGACGCCAAUGGUGAUUUGACAUCUAACAAUAGAGACAAAGCUGAGAUCAUGAACAACUACUUAACAAGUGUUUUCACCGUCGAAACAAAUGAACCACUACCAGUGUUCAAUACAAGAAACUAUCGGGAACCAAUCAACUAUCGGGAACCAAUCAACGACCAGUACAUCAUCUGGUGUCGCAAAAAUGCCUUUGUGAUCCCCAUACAUAAAUCCGGAUCAAAAACUAGCCCAGAAAACUAUAGACCAAUCAGUUUAACAUCAGUUAUUGGGAAAUUAAUGCAAAGGAUGCCAUUGUGGAUCAUAAGGACACCAACAAUCUAUUUUCCAAGUGUCAACAUAGAUUCACCAAGUGUUACCCAGCUACUAGAGGUUCUUGAAGAUUGGUCAGAACAAAUAAACAAUGGACAUCAGAUAGAUGUUAUAUACCUUGACUUUAGCAAGGCAUUUGGCACUGUCCCUCACAAACGACUGUUGUUUAAAUUGGAACAAUAUGGGAUUCAAGGGAAGCUACUCCAAAUGAAUAAAAAAAAAUCUAAGCGGGAUGAAUCCAAAGGUGGUGAUCAAUGGUGA